ACAACUGUUAAAACGAUGAAUGGUUUCGUUUGUUAUUCAUCUCGCCACUGAUUGUUUAUUUGACAGAGACAAUAUGCACAAAACAUAUAUUGCACCAGAAAAAGCUUAUUUGUGUCUGAAGUUUAAUCAAACAUUUUCUGUGAGAAGUACAACCUGUAAUAAUAACUUUUCUAAUUGUGUUGUUGUUGGUUUUGGUACAGCUCUGGAAAGCAAUAGACUGAGUCGGAUUUGUGAGCAGGAUGAGACAAUGGCAUUUCUACCAAAAUCUGUGUUUCCACCUAUUGACAUCUACCCAAAGGCUCCAGAAGACGGCCUCUCCAAAGAGUUCCCAGUAGAGGAAAACAUACAACUUGAACUCCCAGUGGAGACAGUAACAGCCCCGACUCCACAGUCCCAUGAGUCAGGUCGGGUGGACGAGAACCUGGUUGGUACUAAACUGUUGGUGGAGCCCUGGAACGAGCUGCCAGACAUCCCGUUUGCCUCUCCUGGUGGCAGGGGCCGGCAGGGCCCCGGGGUGACCUCCGUGGUGGGUCCUCAGACUCCGACCGACUGGCUGUACGAGGCUGAGAGCACUAAGGCGCUGGUCAGCCCUCCUCCUCCUCCACCCCCCACAGACUCACCGCUGCCAGAUGAGGGCUGCAGUCAGCCUCUGGACCCCGGCCCCUGUCGACAGUACGUAGUCAAGUGGUACUACGACCCCGAGGCCAACGCCUGCGCUCAGUUCUGGUUCGGAGGCUGCCAGGUCAAUGGAAACAACUUUGAGACAGAAGCCAGCUGCAGGAAUUCCUGCGUCUACACGUAA